UCAUUUCUGCCGUGAGUCUCGCCACUUUGAUCACGCACACAGAUGCCUAAAUUUUGUCUCCACAUAUUUCACUUUCUAUACAAGUGGGAAGUCCACUAUCAACUAUGCAUUUUCGAUGGAGAAUUUUUAUUUGUGCGCGACUCAUCUGUCAUUUUUAUCUUUGCUUCCAAUUUGAGAAAACAAGCUAAUAUUGAGCGAAGAAUAAUGGGUACCAAAUUCUUUUACACGAUCAGAACCCAGUUUGAUUUUGUAAAUAAUAAAUUAUUUGAAAUCGAUUUUGUAUGUGAUAGUAUGUAUAGGGUCACCAAUUUUAUUUGGAACUAUGCGUUUUAUCUGUUUGGAUUGUUAUUCAGACAAAUUUUCAGGUUUCAGAAAGGUGAAAACUUUGAGAAGGAUGAAUCUCAUCAAAUUGGUUCAAGUUGGUCUCAGGAUUCAGAGAUUGAUAAAAACAAUGAAGAAGAAGAGAACUCUGUUGUUAUGGAGACAAAUAGGUAUGAGUUCUCAACCGGGAAAGGUAUAUAUGGGUUCGUAGAACAACCAAUGACCUUUAGAUUUAGUGUUCACGAAAUGUUUGUUCAUUCACGUAAUGAUGCAAUUGUUAAUACUCCGAUAAAAUUUGAUUCUGGAGGCUCCAUUGAUCAGAAUUUCCAGGAUGUUGGAUUGGAUACAGAAAAAGCAGAAGAGAAAACAGAGAAAGCAGGGGAUUUGUUCAAAAGUUUUGUUGUUGAUGAGGUUUCAGAGAUGAAACAAGAACAUGAAAAAUUAAUUGAGGAGGUGAAUUUUGAAGAGGAAUUGUUUGUUUAUGAUCGUGUGGUUAAUGAAGAUAUGGAUUCUGGAAAUCAUGAAUUGAAAACAGAGGAAACAGAGUACCCUGUUCAAAGUUUGGUCCUUGAAGAGGUUUUAGAUAAGCCAGAAGUGAAAAUAUCAACUGAGGAGAAGAGUUAUGAUAAAGAACAAACUCAUUCAACCACCUGUGAAAUUUUGAGUGAUGGAGCUGUCAAUGAAGUAUUAGAACCCGAAAUUCCAGUUUGCAUCAAUGAGGAGAAGGCAGAACAAGUUUUAAUUGAUGGAGUUGGACUUGAAAGUUGCGUAUUGGUGGAUGAGGAGAAGGCAAGACAUAAAAGCGAAACUGAAGCUGUUUUAAUGACAUGCCAAUCCACAGAUUCUGAUGAUGAAUAUAUAGAAUUACAACUCCAGAAGCAGAAUUCAAUUUUAUUGGAUGAGGAGGAGACUUUGUCUAGAAAGGAUUUUAGCAAAUUUGAGGACAAACAUGAAGAAUUGCUUGAUGAGAAGGCAGAUCCAGAAUCAGAAGGGCACAAUUCUUCAAAGUGUUAUGCCCAAAGUGAUGCAGAUUACAUGUUGGAGCACCAAGAGAUAAUAGACCAGCUGAAAACGGAGCUUAAAUUAGCAAGAACUGGGGGUCUGCCAACUAUUCUUGAAGAAUCAGAAUCUGAAGAAUUGGAAACCCCAAGAACAGUUCAAGAAUUAAAGCCAAUGAAGAUUAACGACCAAAAACUUGAAAGCAAAGAUUUUUUAGAUGGGAUUCAAAAGGUUUACAAGAGCUACUCGGACAAAAUGAGAAAAUUGGACAUCUUGAAUUUCCAGACCAUGCAUGCACUUGGUUUACUUCAGAUGAAAGAAACAGUUCAGUUUCAGACAGCUCGAAAAUCAUCGGUCCCAGCAAUUAUGUCAAGUCUUUCCCAGAAUUUAUGGUCUUGCAAAGGGUUUGCAGUAAUUGAUCCGAUAAAGAAGGUAAUUGCUGAUAUGCAUAAAGAUUUUGAAACCAUAUAUGUUGGACAGCUUUGCCUUUCUUGGGAAAUACUCAAUUGGCAAUAUUGGAAAAUUCAAGAAUUGCAAAAACUAGAUUCUCAAAGAUCCUAUCAAUAUAAUCAAGUAGCAGCCGAAUUUCAACUAUUUCAAGUAAUGAUACAAAGGUUUCUGGAGAAUGAGCAGUUCCAAGGUCCUAGGGUACAAAAUUAUGUCAAGAACCGAUGUGUCCUUCGCAGUCUUCUUCAAGUUCCCCUAGUUAAAGAUGAUAGUUUCAAAAGCAAAGAUGAAGAAGAUAAAAUUACAAGUGAAAUGCUAAAAAAAAUUAUUCAACAAUCAAUGAUUGUCUUCUGGGAAUUCCUUCACGCCGAUAAAGAUGAAAGCAAUAUGAUUUCAUAUUCUCAUAAUCACCAAACUCAUCAUGUUAAUCUGCAAGACCUUGUAGAUUCAGAGCUGUUGACAGAUAUUCGAACUGAUUUUCAAAAGAAGGAGAAAAAACUCAAAGAUAUAUUAAGAAGUGGAAAUUGCAUAGUGAAGAGGUUCAAAAAGCAACAAGAAGGUCAAAUACAUGGGAUUCAUACAUUGUUCAUAGCUCAGGUGGAAAUAAAAUUGGUUUCAAGAGUACUAAAUAUGUCAAAAUUAACAAGAGAUCAAUUGAUUUGGUGUCAUGAAAAAUUAGACAAAAUUAAAUUUUGUAAUAGAAAAGUUUCUGUAGAAUCCUCAUUUUUGCUCUUGCCAUGUAGACAUGGUGAUCAGUAGUGACUGCAGCCAUUUUGUUGCUGUAGAUAAAUGCAUUUUAAAAAAGGCUUAUACAUGUAAUUUUACACGUCUGGUUCUUUUUUUACAAGUUGUGAUUUUGAUUUGAAUUACUAUUUCCAU